ACUCAAAGCAUGUAUAUACACAUCAGAGAUUAUCGAGAGAACGUCACUCCAAUAUUUCCUGUCGUAAUCGAUGUGUACGCAAAGUGUUCGUCCGACAAUCUGCUCUGCAGACGCAGAGGUAGAGAGACGCUUCGAUGCUCAGCGUUGCCUACUGGAGGAUACGGUUUAAUAGAUUGAUCUGAUUUCAUCGCCUUCGCUGACCGCAACGCAGAUAUGACCUACACGUGCUGACCGCGAGAAGAUGAGAUUGUAGUGCCAAGGAGAAGCUCGGCAUCGUACUCUAUCACGACUCGGCCCAAUCGGAUAUGUUCUCUGCUAAGUGGCACUGGCAUGGUAGUGGAUAUUUCGAUAUGGUUUUG